AACGCACGCAAGGGACGGGGCUUGCGAAGUGCGGGUGGGGGCGGAACCUUCUAAGCGCCACUGGAAGGUGGUGCCCACAACGAGGGGGCUGCGAGGUGCUUCGGAGUACAGCCAUCCUUGAGUUGGUUUCAUGCUUGUCCCCUCUCCUCCUCGUGUUGUUGCCUUGCAAGAUUCCACUUUUCGUCCUCCGGAGCAUCGUAGGGCGUAAAAGAAGAGGUUGAACCUCCACAGUUGACGGAUUCGAUCGAAGCAGUUGCGCACGAACACGAGAGUCUGCAACGAUCCAGCUCUCCAGCAUCACCAGCGUCUGUAAAUCAUGGCAGCCGCCGUCGCGAUGCAGCAGGCCUCCGGGCUGCAGUCGAGUUUCUGUGGGGCUUCGUUGAAGCAGAAGGCUGCUGUUUCGGGUCGGCCCCAGAAUGUGGCGUUCGCUGUGCGGGCCGCUGGUUACGACGAGGAGCUCAUCAAGACCGCGAGGACGAUCGCGUCUCCCGGGCGGGGGAUCUUGGCGAUCGACGAGUCGAAUGCGACGUGCGGGAAGCGGUUGGCGUCGAUCGGGCUGGAGAACAACGAGGUGAACCGGCAGGCGUACAGGCAGCUGCUGUGCACGACGCCGGGGCUGGGGGAGUACAUCUCUGGAGCGAUCAUGUUCGAGGAGACUCUGUACCAGUCGACGAGCGACGGGAAGAAGAUGGUGGACUGCCUGGUGGAGGGAGGGAUCGUGCCCGGAAUUAAGGUGGACAAGGGUCUGGUGCCUCUGGCGGGAUCCAACGAGGAGUCGUGGUGCCAGGGGCUGGACGGGUUGGCGUCUCGGACAGCGGCGUACUACAAGCAGGGAGCGAGGUUUGCGAAGUGGAGGACGGUGGUGAGCAUUCCCAACGGGCCGUCGGAUUUGGCGGUGACAGAGGCCGCAUGGGGGCUGGCGCGUUACGCAGCUAUUUGUCAAGACACCGGGUUGGUGCCUAUCGUGGAGCCCGAGGUGCUGUUGGACGGAAGCCACGGAAUCGACAGAACGUUGGAGGUGGCCGAGAAGGUGUGGUCGAAGGUGUUCUACUACUUGGGCGAGAACAACGUCCUGCUGGAGGGAAUUCUGUUAAAGCCCAGCAUGGUGACUCCGGGCGCAGAGUGCCCCGAGAGAGCCACCCCGGAGCAGGUGGCAGAGUACACGCUGAAGAUGUUGAGGAGGCGAGUGCCACCCGCGGUGCCCGGAAUCAUGUUUUUGUCCGGAGGGCAGUCGGAGGUGGAGGCGACGCUGAACCUGAAUGCGAUGAACCAGAGCCCGAACCCAUGGCAUGUGUCGUUCUCGUACGCGAGGGCGCUGCAGAACUCGGUGUUGAAGACGUGGAAGGGGCAACCAGAGAACCUGGAGGCGGCGAAGAAGGCAUUGCUGGUGAGGGCGAAGGCGAACUCGUUGGCGCAGCUGGGGAAGUACUCAGCAGAGGGCGAGGCCAAGGAAGCGAGGGAGGGGAUGUUCGUGAAGGGCUACACAUACUGAGGAGGACUGAGGACUGAGGGAGAGACGCGGAUGCGGAUGCGGAUGCAGAUUCGGGUGCAGAGAAAGUAGCGAGGCGAGGCGAGGGGAGGCGCUUGGCGAAGGGAGCCGCAGUGCGUGUGGUAUUCGCCCGCUGCCCCAGCUUCUGGUUCCCACACUUCCGAGGAGGGUGCGCUGAUUUUUCACGGUGGCAGCGCUUUUCGGGAGCCAAUUGGGUUAUGAUUUAUGAUUGAUACAGUUGUGCUGUAUUAAUGGUUUUAGUUAUGCCAGAGUGAAGUUGAAGGUAUAGCGUAUUUGCUUUGUUUGUCAGUUUUUUAUUCCGAAUAAUUCUCUUUUAUUCCUUUUUUGAAUUUCUUUGCAGGUGAGUCGUGGAUAUAGGAGUUGUAUGUUAGAUUUUGUAGAAUUGUUUUUCAUCUUUUAAAUAUAAAAUAAAGGAAGGUAAAGAUUUAGUCUAUCAC